UUCUGCUCAACCACCUAAAAUGAACAAAAACUGUUUGAUUUGCCAUCGAAAAGCAGCUGGGCAGCAUUAUGGGGUAUUAUCGUGCUUCGCUUGUAAAAUGUUUUUCCAUCGAAUGGUCGUUGAGAACUUACAUUACUGCUGCCAAAAAUUCAAUAAGUGCUACGAAAAGUUCAUUAUUCUUCCAAAGUGCAAAGCGUGUCGUUAUCAAAAAUGCUUAGAAAUGGGCAUGCAAGCCUUCCCUCGACGCGUGAAAUCAUUUGAAGAAUCAAUGGAUUUAAAGAUACAGCGAAUGCUCAUGAAUCUCAGCGAAAUGGAUGAGCAAAGACAUUGGAGAAUGCUCAACUCGUAUUCAAUAGAGGAUCCGAGUCUGGGAGAUGUUUUGGUAGAUUCUAAUGUGAUGAAAAUUAUGAGAAAGCCUUCCAAUCAGAAAGUAACCGCUCACGAAUGGGCAUUUCUUGACGUGUAUUCCAGGAUCUCCCAUUUUUCAAAUUUUGAAUUUAUGAAUAAUAUUAGCUUUGCUGAUAGAAAAUUAAUAUUUUCAUUCAACUGCUUGCGAACAGGAGUUUUCCACGGAAGUAUGCGAACAUUGCGAGAACAACGAGAUUGUCUUUUGACGCCGUCUGGAGAAGAUGUCUACCCAGACGCUGUCCAUAAUCUAUUCAAGGAUUCUCCGGGGCUUUUGAACAGGACAUGUUGUCUGCUGGUUUCCAAGCUCAUCGAGUUGAAAGUUACAAAUGAAGAAUAUCAAUUGCUUAGCCUGAUAUUCUUUUGUAAUCCGACGAUAUCCCACAAUCUCUCGGAUUUCGCUCGAAACACGCUGGCCUCACACCAAAUCAAAUACAGCUCUGCCUUAUUCCGUCACCUACAAAUUACAAAUCCAGGAACUGCGCCUGUCAGAUUCCAAGAGCUUAUUUCACUUGUUCACGUCAUCAAUCGUGUCACCAAUGACAUGCAACACGUCAGCAUGAUGUUUCAGUGUAUGAUACCAAGUUUCAAGUUCAAGCAACUCGUCACAGACACCUUUGUGGAUUGUGGUGUUGUACAGAAAAAGUCGAACGUUAAAAUUUUAAACGAAAAACCGUGUGCCGACAGUUCUCAGGACUUUAUAUUUCAUAAAAAUAAAUUCAUUCAUUGAACACAAUCAAAAUUACUGAUCAGCCUUUCUGGAAGCGAAGUGAGCCUCAAAUUCAGACUUCUUCUUGGCGAUGAAGGAAUCGUAGGCAGCUUGAUCUUCAGAAGAUUGAGUCUUAAUAUAGGUGUCAACUUGUCCAAGGAAUUGAUUGAAUGCGGCACGAGCAGCGUCACGAUCAAUUUCAGUUCCUUCAGCUGGCUUUUGGGAUGCAAAGUCAGCAGCAAGCUUUAAGAAUCCACCAGUUGCUUCCUAUACUCCUCGCUUAGACUUCGUUUUUCUACAAAAGACUUCAUUGCACGGGCAAGUGAGCCGGUUCGUACGACAUGGUACUUAAGAAGAAUAGUUUUAUCUUUAUCACUCAUUGUUUGAAUAAAAUCAAAAUCCAA